UCUCUUCCCUUUCUCCUCCUAUUUUAGCAUCUCUCUACCCUUCUCUAAUCUCUACAAACAAAAGCCGCCAGAGACUACGACCAAUUUCGAACGGAAAUCGGAAGAAACGCAGACAUGGGAUUACAAAGCCAACUAAACGACGUGUCGUCGGAUUCGAUCCCUCUCCUCCUGGUGGCCAUCAUCGCCAACUGCGUCAGCUACGUCCGCUCCGUCCUCUUGGGCCUCCUCCCUCAGCGAUUCGGGCCGGAGCCCGUCGACGACGGCCUGUUAGGCUCGGGCCUGGCGGGCCUAAUCGUCCUCGCCGAGCAGCUCAACCUCAACCGCGUCUUCUCCUACCGCUACUCCGACGGCGGCGCUGGUGGGGGCUCCGAUUGCGUGGUCUGCUUAUCCACCCUAACCCCUGGGGACCAGGUCCGGAGGCUCUCCUGCCGCCACGUGUUCCACAAGGAUUGUUUUGACGGCUGGCUUGGUCAUCUCAACUUCAGCUGUCCCCUCUGCCGCUCGCCGCUCGUCUCCGCCGCCGCCGCCGACGAGAGCGUGGAGCUCACCCGGCGCCGCCGCGUCGGCUCUGACCUUGUCGCCUGGUUCUCUCUGCGGUGAAAUGAAAUGAAUGAAGGAAGGAAUGAUCUCUCUCUAGAUUUUUGUGGUCAGAGAUACCGAUUAGGCUAGUCAUCACGAUGGACGGUGAUUAACUGUGUCGAUGACGAUGACGGUGAUGAUCGAUGGAUCACCAAGCAUGAUUAUGAUGAUUGCUGGUGGUUUUUAGUUUUCAUUUUUAUUUUUAUUUUUUAGGAGAUUUACAAUUUUCCUUGCCUUUCUUAUUUUUUUAGAAGGUUUGUGGCAGUUUUGAUGGAGGACUUCUCUUUCCUCUCUUUCUUUCCUUUUUUUUUUUUUUUUUUUUUUUUUUUUUUUUUUUUUUUUUUUCACAUUUUUCCUUCAGUUGCCUCCCCCCCGCCCCCCUCUUUUUUUGGAAGAGCUCCUUGGGCAGGACCUUUUGUGACUGCUGUAAAUUCGUCUUUUACCUUUUUCUUUUUAGUCCAUAUAAUAAGGA